AUGAGCGGAAUUUCAAAGACUCAUGCAAAACAUAUUGUACCCGUAAUUGCAUCUAUAGUUUCUACCUGUGUCGAGUUUGAAUGGAAGAAUAAUAUCAAGAGAAAAAUAUUCGACAUAGAAAUGUUACCCUCCUAUUUUAGAGAUUCUUCCUCAUCCAAAAAUGUCCUAGAUCGCCUUCCUCAUCCUACAUCGUCUACUAUUACAACAAAAUGUCUUAUAUCGCCUUCCUCCUCGAUGAUGUCGAAACAACAGUCCGACGAAGAGUUCCAAAAGAGCUCUGAAACAAAUGUCUACCAAGAGGAGGUGAAUAUCUCUUGGAUAUAUCCGAGAACCAAGGAGAAGAGACGUUGGAGGAGUGAUUUUUUUAUUAUCUAUUUAUUACACGACGAUACUUCAAACGAGGAUGGCACCGCGUGGGGCUCCGCAAAUCUACGAGGGGGGAAUUUUAAACGACAACGCCUGAACGGGGAGAAAGAUUGUGAUCUGGACCUUGCGAUGAACACUUACAAAAUUUAA